GCCUGCCUCUCGCCGUCUCCCCUCGCCUCCGAUUCUGCGCACACAGCCUGUCAUUCUGCACAGCACAGUUUUUUCGCUCCGCUCGGAGAGCGAGUGGUGGAGAGAGAAAACACACACACACACACGGAGGGAGAGCAGCUCAGGAGCCCGGCGAGAGAGCGAGGCGCCCGAGUCCCGCAGCCCAGCAUGGCUUCGGGGGACCUUUACGAGGUUGAGAGGAUCGUAGACAAAAGGAAAAACAAAAAGGGUAAAUGGGAAUAUCUUAUACGGUGGAAAGGUUAUGGGAGCAAUGAGGACACCUGGGAGCCAGAACAUCACUUGUUGCACUGUGAGGAAUUUAUCGAUGAAUUCAACGGACUGCAUGUCACGCGGGAAAAGCGAGCAAAGCACGGGAAACAAGCCGGUGCGCCAAAAUUUUUACGCGAGAGCAGAGCGUCGUCCCUCGACAAAAUACCACAUAGGCCAUCUGACUCUGGGAAGAGCAAAGGGCUGCCCCAUAAACGGAAGCGCAUGGCCCCGUCAUUUCAAAAGCAAAAAAAGGGUUACACGGCCAAGCCAGCACCUUCAGGAGACAGGGCUGCUAAAACAGUCUCUUACCGGACUACUCCCAGCGGCUUGCAGAUUAUGCCAUUGAAAAAGCCACACAAUGGCUUGCAGAAUGGAGAUGCUAGUUAUGAAAAGGAUUCUAGACAUUUUGGGAACGGCCCCCCAAAGCCAGACUUGGAUUUAAAUGAACAUGAAGCGGAACCUGAUUUGCCUGGAGUGUUGGAUGUGAAUAAUGAGCCACCCGUCAUGAAUGGAAUUGGUUCUUCUCUGGCAAAUGGAGGCCUGAAUCUUCAUAGCACUGUGAAAAGGAAGCUGGAAGGGGAGAAAGAUUACGUCUUUGAUAAGCGACUCAGGUACAGCGUGCGUCAAAACGAGAGCAACUGUCGGUUCAGAGACAUUGUAGUACGCAAAGAAGAUGGAUUCACGCACAUCCUCCUCUCCAGUCAAACCUCAGAUAACAAUGCACUGACUCCAGAGAUCAUGAAGGAGGUCCGGAGAGCACUGUGCAAUGCGUCAGCUGACGACAGCAAACUCCUGCUUCUCAGCGCAGUGGGUAGUGUCUUCUGUAGUGGUCUAGACUACUCCUAUUUAAUCGGCAGGUUAUCCAACGACAGAAGAAAAGAAAGCACUAGGAUUGCAGAAGCUAUUAGGGAUUUUGUCAAAGCUUUUAUCCAGUUUAAGAAGCCAAUCGUGGUUGCGAUCAAUGGACCUGCUCUCGGCUUGGGGGCUUCCAUUCUGCCGCUCUGCGACAUCGUCUGGGCGAGUGAAAAGGCCUGGUUUCAGACACCUUAUGCAACUAUUCGUCUCACGCCAGCCGGCUGCUCUUCGUACACGUUUCCACAGAUACUGGGUGUUGCUCUGGCAAAUGAAAUGUUGUUCUGUGGAAGGAAGCUAACGGCACAAGAAGCCUGCAGCAGAGGACUCGUCUCCCAGGUUUUCUGGCCCACAACGUUCGGGCAAGAAGUGAUGUUGAGGGUGAAGGAAAUGGCAUCCUGCAGUGCAGUGGUACUGGAAGAAUCUAAAUGCCUGGUCCGGAGCUUCCUUAAAUCUGGCCUCGAAGAUGUGAAUGAGAAAGAAUGUCAGAUGUUAAAACAGCUCUGGAGUUCUUCCAAAGGACUAGAUUCAUUGUUCAGCUACCUGCAAGACAAAAUUUACGAAGUCUGACAUCCUUGCGCAACUGUGAAAGAGCAGGGAGGAAGAAUGAUCCAAGAGAAAAGCGAUUUCAGGCGUCACCAAGGGUUUGAGAAAAUAAUAUAAAAAUCAAACCCAGACCCAGCAAAUCCUUCAGAGGAAUUUGUGAUAGUGUAUCUAACAUACCUAUGGUUGUGUCAGUUUCCUUGUGAGUUAAAUAGAGAAGUUCAGUGGCUGUUCCUAGCAGGUUUGAUUAUUGUUCAACAAAGGAAGAGACAGAUGUGUUAAGAACUGCCUCUCAGUGUACACUUGCCUAGAGAGAAGUGUACAUUCCAUGUGCUAGAAAGCACAAGUGUACCCCAUCAAGGUACAUACUGCAAAAAUCAAUUGUUGUCUUUAAAAAAAAUUUAUUUAUUCUUGCUACUGCAAGCAACUUAUCUUUGCAUUGACUGAAGUGGCUCAGUUUAGAAUUUGGGCCAAAGCCACACUUUCAGGGCCCACUUUAGAAAUAUUUUAAUAAUUUUGUUUUGUUCGUUGAAAGAAUAACCAUGGAAAAAAUUGAAAAGGGGAAGAGUAUAAUUUAUAUGUAUGAUGUAAAAAAAAAUAUUUUGGAGAAAAGAAAAAGAACCUACCUGGAUUUGUGUUUUCCCCGCUCUGUUGGUGAAUUUAUUUAAUUUAUUUAUUUGUGUCUUGCUUGAUUGUUGAUUGAUUGUUGGUCUACUUAAUAUAUAAUUAUCAUUUUUAGAUUUCCCCAGAUUGGACAACUGUUUUGCACGAGUACACAAGCUCUGUGGUUUACAGUAAACGGAUUGAGCUGUGCAUACAAUAAAAAUAAGAUGAAGCAGGAAUGCUGUAGGGCAUUAAAAAGCAGCAGAGAAUAGACAUCAUUUUAGAUACCUUAAGAAAACCAAUCAAAUACCGACGCUGUGAGUUUUACACAAGUCUCCUCCUGACAACUUGAGGCACAGGUAGCAUGUGCUACAUUUAAAAGAAAAGCUAAUAUGUUUACUAUUUUCUUAUUAGCUCAACAUUAAUAACAGGGUGAAUGGUGCCUAACUUGUGGUGCCAACAAAAGAUUAAGCAUUCAUUUGUGCUAUGAAUCUUAGAACCUUACCUUCAUGAGCCUCUUUCCUCAGAUGUGGUAGUAUAUUUUGGAGAACGUUGAGAGAGGCCAGCAAGAAGCUGCUAGAGGAUAAUGAAUUAGACGGGGAAAGGCUUUCAUACUUCUUUCAUUCUGGCCAGACUCUCCACCAGGAAAUUCCACAAGGACACAGGUUUCCCUCAGGACAGUCUGUGGUCAUUUACUAUUAGAAUGUGACCCUAAUGAAUAGAUUCUUCCAUAUUGCAUCAGUUUGUUAUGUGUCUGAACUCUCUGGAAAAAUACCAGAAGGAAUGCGUUCUUCAGAUUAAGCAAAGAAGCUGGCAAGUCCAAUCAAGAUGCAUUAAAAUAAAAGGUGUGGGCUGUUCUAGUGCUUUGUAUGGCGGCUCUGCAUCUUCUGACUACUCUAAAAAUUAUUGUUUUCUUAAGAUUGCAAAAGAAAAAGGAAUCCUGGGAACAGACUGAAGGUUCACAUUAUCUCUCAGAUUUCAUGGAAUACGGAGAUUGGCUUCCAUGACUUUCCCUAUCUAUCUGUCUUGUCUGUCUGUCUGUCUAUUUUGCUGCCCUUUCAAGGUUAAGUAGAACACACUUUCCAUUUCUUUUUAGUUUUUAGAGGUUCCAAAUUAGACUAUUGGGUUUGGAUUUUUUUAUUAUUUUGUUCUGUUUUUUUGCUUCAUAUUUGGCAAAGCUCCACUUCCUAGUUAGCGCACAUCCACGCGGAUCUGCUUACAAAUCAAUGGCAGAGUCUGGCUUCUUGUUCAGCCGUGUCUAAAUAUUUUUGGAGAGCAAUAUUCAAGGUGGAACGCUUGUUACCCACAAGUGUCGGAAGCCAAGGCCACAUUCCGCAGUCAAGGGGUGAUGCCUCCCUAAUUCUCAGUUGUGAACCGUCUUAACAAACCCACGAAUCAUUUUCGUCCAGUUGACUUCCUUAGAGUCAACGUGUGAACUGGAGUCAUACCCUUGAAUGUACACUUGCAGGGCAAAUAAUUGUAUCGAAAUAUAUGGGAAAACAUCUUUUAAACACGUGCUUUCAUGUCUCUCAACAAAUGGUGCAACCCCAAAUGAUGUGUCAGACAUUUUAAUGAACCAGUAGAAAGUCCUUGAAGCAUGGGGAAAUUAUUGCUCUGUGUAGACUCUUGGGAGUGCGACAUUUUGGUUUUGGAGCAGCAGUUUUUCUUAAUGUAUCUGAUUUUUCAACAUUGUUUCUUCAACAGCAUUUUCAAAGCCUGGCAAAUUAAUAGCUGAACAAAACUGAGUACCAUUUCUUCAUAAAAAUUAACUCUGAAAGCUCUAAAGCUUUUUAAAAAAAAUUUUUAAUAAAAAUAAAAAUCAUGUCUAGGUGGUUAAUUUAAUUUCUGUUUAAUUUCUUUUUUUUAAAAAAGGGCAGUGAUUAUUUUUUAAUACACUUCCUUAUUUUGUUUUCUCUUUCUAUGGUCACUGGGUAUUCAGCUGUAUAAGUAUACUGUAAAUAUUAGACCGAAUACUUUUAUGAAUAUUCACAGUAUUUAAUUAAAAAAUACAUGCAAAUUUGUUGUUAAGUAUGUUAUAUUAUUUCAUGUAAAUUGUUUUGUACAAAUCUUUAAGGAUUGGCAGUUUUUGCAUUUGAAGAUAUGGUAAAAGGAAACAAUUUAUUUCUGUGUGUUUCUCUUGCAUGUACAUUUUCGCUGUACAUAAAGUGUGGCUUUAGUUGGGUAACCUUCUGUUUCAAUGAAUAAGCUGUCCGACUUUAAUAAGUAUAUAUUUUCAAAAAUAUAAACUUUUAUAUUUCCGUGGUAGAUUAGGGUAAGCGUUUUAGGCAAUCUUUUUCCACAAUGGUUAACCAUUAUUUUAAUCUCAAGCAUCCUGGGAUUGGUGCCAAUUGUUUUCCUCUUAGAAUUCUAAUACACACUUUUACUCUUAUAUAUGCAGGCAGGGUGUUGUUUUAUUAUUUCUUUGGGGGUUUUGUCCCAACCUUGAAAUAACAGAGUUUAAGGUACAAUUUGUAAAUUUAGUGCAUUUGUGAAUAAGCCUUACCACUGGGUUGAAUCAAACGUUGUUAAUUGCAUAAGUAAGAUGGAGGGUUCAAUUAGAUGUGAUGGCAAAAGACCCAUGUUGUAGAACAUUUAUUCUUGUUGUUAUAGUUGCCAUCAUGCAGAUAUAAAAAAAGACGAUGGGGGGAACUUCAUGCCAGCGCCUUUCUUCACACAUCUUUUUCCCCCACUGAAACUCCCCCCUUCGCUUAAGUUGCCUCCCCCUAUCCAGACUCUAAAACCAGGUAUAAGCUCUCUAGAGGGGCAAAAUGCUAGGGAGAGGUGUUUCUCAGGAUAGGAAACACACAGACAGAGAAAGUGUUCAGUACAACCUACAUUCUAAGGAAUGAGUUGUGUCAUCAUCAUAUCUAAUUAGACCUGGAGAAAUUUCCUCUCUUCCCCCCACCCACCCCCCAGUUGAAGCAUUCAGACAGUUGGCAAAUUUAGAAUGCAAGGCCUUAAGGUUUUUUUCUUGUGAUAUGGAUUAAUACGGGUUGUUUCUUUCAAACAACAUAGUUAGGCUUGUCAGUGUGGGUAUUGUUUGAUAUAAACUCUGCAUACUGUCCACCCGGCCACAUUACUCAGUCUCAGGCUCUCUCUUUUUCAGUGGCUGGGUCUAUAAAAGUCAAAUCUGACUGAAGCCAACUCUCUUUAGGAGGCACUAAAGAAGUUUACAUAAGGGACUUACAGACAAUCUUAUUCGUAGUGCAUCUAAGUCCUCCGUUUCCUGGAUGUGUUAUCUGUCUACCCAAUUAACUGUAUGUUUCUAAGCCAUACUUAAAUCUCUUUGCCACUACUUUAAAUGCCACACGGGAAUUCAAUUGCUAAUUCACUGACAUUGUCAACAGGAUUUUUAACUUCUAGGGAAUAAUAUAUAUAAAUAUAUAUGUAUCUUCCAUUUUUUAAAAAAUAAGGACCAAAGAGUUAUCAAUUAUCCUAAUGAAGCAUUGGUUUAAAAAAAUGAAGCAGUUUAUCUGUACAGCAAAGGGUCGUCUGUUGAUUCCCUUUCAACAUGCAUUUUGUAUCAUUCAUUUCAGGGAUAGAGAAAAGGGCAGGAUAGCCAUUGUGGGUCUGUCUGCUUUUAACAUGUUGGAACAUGAAAGAUAGCCAGUAAAUGAUGGAGUGCCUAUUGGUAAGGCUUAUUACCAAACUUUGGAGAUAAAGCAAAUAACCAAAAAAAAAAAAAAUAGCAGAAUUGCAAAUUUAAUCUGUGAAGAUUGUUUGAUUUCUAAUGAGUGUCUUACACAAAGGAAUUAAAACAUUUUCUGAUUAGGCCCAUAAGUUAUUUUGUUGUCCAAAUAGCAUAGAAUAAGAUGGGAACAGUUUUCAAUAUUUGUGAUGAAGGAGAGUGCACAGUAUAUAACAAAUAUGAGGGUAUAGGGCACCCCUUAACCACAGUGUUGUAAAUAAUAUUUUGGAAGCUAGUUCAGUACUAGUUUCUUCUGAUUUAUCAAAUAUUGACUGUCUAGAUCAAAUUGUACACAAUAUAUUUGUCAAUGGUCCUGUAAACUAGUGUAUGAACACAUUUUUCUGGGUGCCUUAGAAGUUGUAUUUUUCAUGUGUGUUAAUAUGCAGUAUUUAUACAUUGUGAGAAGCUGCUUUGAAUAAAAACAUUGAAACUUCCAUUUUCUGACUUCGGGGUUAUAAAAAUGGUCAUGGUGAGUUUUGCCAAGAAGUGUCAAUGUGUAUAUCCAUUACUGCCAACAUCAAACUUAAGGGGAAGGUGCAUGCCAGAUUUCCCAAGCAGUCACAGGGGGUUCUUCACCCGUGAUACGGGCCUGACAUCAUCACCUGGCAACCUAGGGCAAUUGCUCCAGCAGAGCCUACCAGCACUAACAUUUGCCCCUCCACGUUGGACAGUUGCCCCUCCACGUUGGACAGUUGGGUCUGUGAGCCUUCCUUUUCAUAUCCCCAAUGUCCUGGCAUGACACCAGGUAAGACACUUUGGGUCAUUGUGAUUAAUCAAGAUGCUGAUCACUGCACUCGGCAGAAGAGGGCCUUCAGUGGAGAUCUUAUCAGGAGAUCAUUUCUGCCCAAUAUAGGAAUCAGGCCUUUAGUGUUAUGGGUCUGCCCUUUGGAAAGCCUCCCAUUAGACCUACUGAGGGCCUUCCUCUUCCAGCAAUCCUUUUCAAUCCAGAUCUUUCCCAGCCUGUCUCUCUGUUGGAAUUGUUCUUAGCCAUUUGAUCGUUUAAGUGUUUGCUGCCAUGUGCCCCUUUAGGAGGAGGGCGAGAUAUAAAUUUACUGUAAUUCAUGUGUAAAUGUUAUAUGGCGGCUCUCGCCCACCCUUGCAAUAAGAUGGACAGGUAAGCCCAUCAACCUCAAGCUAAGAGGUGCCCGCCAAAGUAACUUUGUCCCUGCAUAUGUCCAAAGUGAGUCAAAUGAUGGAUGAGUCCAUAUAUCACGGUCAACCAUCUUACAAAACAUGCCUGUUACAGGCACACCACAUUGUAAUAUUUGCUAAAAAUAACACACUUCAUCAGAGAAUGUGCAUGAGCCUUGAAUGUGCCAUCAUUUCUCCUCCUU